UGUGCUGGGGUUCCUGUUAAUCUGUUGCACAGGACAGCUUCCAGCGCCUGUGUUUCUGCCACAGCUCCUCUGAGCUUCAUAACCACAUGUUGCUGUGCUGAUUGACUGCGUUAACGUUCCUCCAGCUGCUUCUAUAUCUGUCCGUCUCUCUACCUCCCUCCCAUCUUCAUUUCUGCUCAGUUGUUGUGUUCAUCUCCAAGAGGCAGAGAGCUUUCCGGAGUUGCAGCUGAUUAUUUCGGACAUCACCAAUGCAGGCAUUGUGACCGCUGCAGAUGUGAGCCUUUUUAGGGAAACGUCUCCUAUCGCCUCCUCUGCAUGUGAGAAGCUGUACAGGACAGAACCACCAUCAUGCCAGGCCUGAUCAACAAGAGCAAACGGAGCGCUCUGCCUCUCAGCGUCUCUGACAUCACUUCCUGUGUCAGGGGUUACACCCUGGCAAUGACGGCCUCCUUGACCUAUGAAAACAUCGAAGAUCACCCUGUCGAGGGAAUCUUUAUAUAUCCUCUGGACGACUGCAGCGUGGUGGUCGGGUUCGAAGCGAUGAUUGGCAGCCAGAUAAUAACCGUGCAGGUCAAAGACAAAGCGAAAAUCGAUGACUGUUACUUUGAUUGCUGCAAUGCCAAUGGAACCCCGCAAAGCGGAGGUGGACAUAUCGUUUUGGACGAGGAUCAGGAGAGGACCGUGCUGGUGGUUAGUCUGGGGGUCAUUCCCCCUCUGGAGACCAUUAAUAUACUGGUCAGCACGUCCUCGGAGCUCAGCACACUCACCAACGGUGGGAUCCGGGUAACCUCGCCGCCCGUCUGCUCUCCGAGAGUCCAGCGUUCUGUCAAAGAGGAGCAGGCGUUUUCGCCCAGCACUGCUAGGAGGAGGGAUCAGCAUCAUUGUGCACAGGGAGCACACGAGCAGACGGCUUCAGGUGUGUGUUUGGCUGCUCUGAUGGAGGAAGAGACCAUCAACUCCAUUGACUAUGAGUUCAACUUUCAACUUGAGAUCAGAGGACCGUAUUUACUGGCAGGUGUGGAAAGCCCCUCACAUGCCAUCCGUGCGGACGCGGACCCUUCGGCUCGCUCUGCCACCAGUAUUGUGGUCACACUGGCAGACAAGUACACCUACGACUGCCCUGUGGAGAUACUGAUCUACCCCAGUGAGCCCCAUCUGCCACACGUUCUCAUCGAGGACGGAGACAUGACGCCGGAGGAAUACGACGAGCAUCUGAAAGGACGGAGCGACUACAUAAAGGCCACGAAGAAGGACUGCAGCAAUGAAAAGACAGUGGACAUCAUUCGGAAGAGGCUUCACAAAGACAUCCUCCACAACCCUGUAGUCAUGCUCAACUUCUGCCCAGAUCUCCGCUCGACGACCUCUGACCUUCGGAGCGUCCAGGGAGAAUUCAUCUUCCUCAUUGACCGCAGUGGAAGCAUGAGCGGGGUCAACAUCAAUCGAGUUAAGGACGCAAUGGUCGUGAUACUGAAAAGUCUUUUUCCAGCAUGCUUAUUCAACAUAGUAGGCUUCGGAUCCAAGUUCAAAACGCUGUUUGCCACCAGUCAGAGCUACGAUGAGGAGAGUUUGGUGUUGGCUUACGAACACGUGAAGAAGAUCCGGGCUGACAUGGGCGGCACAAACAUACUGGCUCCUCUCAACUGGAUACUACGGCAGCCCAUGCAGAAAGGUCAUCCCCGCCUGCUCUUCCUCCUGACCGACGGAGCCGUCAGUAACACGGGGAAGGUCAUUGAGUUGCUCCGCAGCCACGCCAGGUUCACCAGGUGUUACACGUUCGGCAUAGGUCAGGGUGUGUGCAGGAGGCUGGUUUUGGGACUGUCUGCUGUUUCCAGAGGCACAGCUGAGUUCCUGGCAGAAGGGGAACGACUGCAGCCCAAGAUGAUUAAGUCGCUGAAGAAGUCCAUGACAUCCGUUCUGACUGACAUCUCCAUUGAGUGGCUGUAUCCAGAGACGAAAGAGAUCCUGCUCUCUCCCGUGGGAGCGACCUGUCUGUUCCCCGGUGACCGGCUGAUUGGAUACAGUGUGGUGUGUGAUACCUCCCGAUAUCACUCCAACCCCAAAUCAGACAAACGGAGACGGUACAGCAUGAUGCGUUCCAACGAGUCCACCAGUUCCGUGUUCUAUCACUCUCAAGAGGAGGAUGCUGGGAAGGUUUACUGUGACGCUCAGGGGCCACACAGGGACAAUCAAGUCGGCUCGCUGUUUGACGGUUGCCAAGAGACCAUGUCUGAGAGCAGUCCUAUUGCCACAGAGCAAGACGUUAUGGGAACUGACACGAGCACCUCGCCGAGAAGACGUGCUUAUAGCACCAAUCAGAUCAUAGAUUACAACCCCAUGAAGAAGGCCUACACCCCCAGUGACCCCAGCUCCGUGGUGGGGAAAAACCCACUGAGACGAGCAAAAGUCCAAGAGCUCAUCGGUCAGACUCAUCCUGACUACGGAGCUCAGUGGAAAAUGGACUACCAGCCACAGUUGGCCAGCCUGUGUGCCACAUCCUCAAGAGGACGUCCCAUCCCUGCUCACAAACCUCCAGUCCAGCAACACGAGGGUCUCCAGGGGGAGUCUAAGGUGGAGUGGACUUCUGCACAGGGUCCCGUAGUGGAAGACGGCUCCAGGUCUUCAACGGACAGCCCUUCUCUAGGCAGCACCGGCGAUGCAGAUGGCUACACGCAUCAGCUUUGCGAAGUCGAAACGCCCCAAGAUCCUCACGCACCAGAAUUCAGGGCCAGUCAUGGAAAGGGAGAUUGCAAAGCGGUCGUGUCAGGACUGCUGUGCGGGAAACCCAUGAAAUGGGAGGUGAUCUUUGACAUUCAACCCUACCUAAAAGGUCGAGAGCGGGAGGAAAAAGUUCACGAGGACCUGUGGAACGAAACCUUCCAUCACCUGGCGGGACGCUCCAUUAUUCAAGACUUUGAACAUAUGGUGGACAAAGAGUGUGAGAUUGAGCAUGGUUCUGGGAGAAGGUACCAGCUUUAUGCUAUCCACACGAGUAAAGCCUGCAACAUCUUGAGCAAAUACACAGCGUUUGUACCUAUUGAUCUGGACAGCAAUGAAUAUCUACCCACCUGCGUUGAGUAUAGCCACCCUGGGGAGGAUCAUAAACGAAGUUCGCACUGCAGGUCUCGUUCCGGCAGCAGGAAGACCCGUGGCUACUCUGUAGGUCUCGGUCGGUCACAGUCAGGAGGUUUGUCUGGGCAAGAUGAUGCAGACCUAUCCCACAAUGUUGACGAUGGAUCCCGAUCCCUCUGCAAAACUCCCUCCGCCUCCAGUUGGGAACGAUGUAGCUCUUCUGAAGCCUCUCAAAGGAGUCCGUCGGUGACCUCCGAGCACUCGCAGAGAUCAGUCGAGAGCCUUUUCUCCGCCAGCAAGCUGAGCCUGAGCAGGACGCGUCUGCUGACGAAGGCGGCCAGGGGCUUCAUGAGCCGGUCACACAGCAAAUUCAGCAACUCCGUGGGAGAGAGCGAAAACGACAACAAGGACUACAUCCCUCUGGUGUCAUUGCAGCUGUCCUGUGGGGCGUUCAUGUUGGACAGUGCCUUGUGUGACGCCAUCAACGUGCCCAUAGACAAGCUAAAGUGGACGUCACCUUUCACCAGCCACAGAAUCAGCCUUACCCACGUGUCCUACUCCGGGUCCCGGCGCUCUGAGAGCCUGGAGGUCCACCGCGGCUCCUCACCUCCUCCAAAAGACUCAGACUUGAACUCUGAAUGUGAGGAGCUCGCUUCCCGCAUGUCCUCGUCCUCUUUCCAGUCCCGAAGCCCUCGGAUGGAUGGCGAGCCCUCGCUGCUGUCCGGCUUCUCGUCUAUGUCGUCCGAAGCCCCACCGUCGCCCAUCAACUCAUUGUGCGACAGCGGGCGAGGGUCUGAGUCUGAAAUUAUAGGGACGCCCCUGUCUGGCUCGCCCGGGAGCCUGCGAAGGUCUGUGCAAGACACCGAGGGGAUGGUGUGGGCCACUGCUGUAGCUCUGGCCUGGCUGGAACACAGCUCAGCCAGUUAUUUCAUCGAGUGGGAGCUGAUCGCGGCCAAAGCAAGCAUGUGGCUAAAUGAACAGAUCAUCCCAGAGGGCCGAGACCUGGCAUCGGUCAAAGCCGCAGCCAAUCAACUCUUCAUCAUCCUCAGACACUGGGAUGAAAACCUGCAGCUCAACAUGCUCUGCUACAACCCCAACAGCAUGUGAGUCCUUACGGGGUAGGGACUAAACUUCUUCAAACUAUGCCAAACAAGGAUUUUACACUCCUUGAUUUGUUUUAAUGUCUAUUGUGUGGGUUUUGUUUGUUUUAUUAAUAGAAAUCGUAUUUCAUUACCAUCCAUCCAGAGGCCAGAAACAUACUUUGCACAGAUACGUUGGCGACAAUUAACGUGACCUGUAAAAGACUAUACACCUAAGAGAAAAGCCCGGUUCACAGCGACAAAGCAACAUGAUCCCAUUCAUUUCAAUGGAGAGCAGGCAGUUUACGACGACACGAGCGAUAGUGACCAUUGGCGAUAGGAUGUAUGCGUGUCAAGACAUAGUUAAGAUAUGUUUAACUUUAUGCCAAUUAAGAGCGACAACCAAUAGGAGUGAAGUCAGUGGAGUAGGGCUACUCGGAAAUCAUAAUCACAAUUAUUUUGGUCACUAUUGAAAUCCGUAUUAUUGGUGGGUGAUAUGAUCAAAGCCUUAUUUCAUGAUUUAGUCAUUUUGAAUAUCAGUGAAAUUUCACAAGUAUGGAUACUUCAGCUAAAACUAAUACUAGGUUAACUAUAAUGUAAGUAAAAGGGCCUCAAAACAGUUAAAGACAAGUAAACAGCAACACAAUAAAAAAAAAAAAACCUGACAAAUAAAUACAACAGAACCAAAAUGCUAAUUAAAUAAACUUUACUUUAAGGUGUUUUAGGAAGAUGUACUAAGUGGAAUUCAAAUAAGUAAUGGUCUACAACAGAAACUGAAUAAAGUAAUAAAAUGCUAAUCCUUAUUAAAACUACAAAUGUUAUUCAUUCAAGAGCAGUAAGUGAUUUUAUCUUUGUCUUUUGUUGUUAGAUUAACAUUAAUCACUGCAGCAGAUUUAUUAGGCUGCUGUCACUUUAAGAGCUUCACGGAUCCAAUAUUCUGUUACACAUGCGCUUUCUUUCUAAAGGUGCGUUUUUUUUACCUUGAUUAUCUUACCACAAUGGCACAGAGCACUUGCUGUUUCUCGUUCAUCUAUUUUAUGAAGCAUUUCGUGUACUGAUUCCGUCCUUACCCUCCAAAAUAUGUGUUUUUAGUGCCAACUGAUUUUUGUCUACAAUAUUGAAUAACAUCCGUAAUUCAAUCGCAGUGCUGUCGAAAAGAAGUAGUAAAUAGCUGUUAUGGCAGUGUUGGCAAUGCAACCCAUUCUUGUUGAAUUCUGAAUUGACAUUUCAAAACUGUGAAACCGAGUUUGCAUGGUGUAGCUAAAAGUGUUUGCGAUCACAUAUUUGCGUAGAGUAUAUUCUGGGCCGUCACUCACCACCCAAAAUAUUUGCAUGUCUCCGCAUUUCUUGUCCGUAAAAUGGAGAGAUUGGUUGUAUUUUUUGCUUGUCUCUGAAAUAAUAAUGUGCAUUUGGUUGCUGCUUUGGAAGAUUUUGUACCAUAAACAUUUAAUCGUACAAAGCCUUAUAUAGUGACUUUGGUUCAUUAGUUGAUGUGGUUGAUACAGUGAGGCUGUUUUUGCUAUCUGAGGAUCCAGUCACUUGAUAAGAUGCAGUUACAUGUAUAACAACACACACAAUGUACAUUAGUUUGCCUUUACGAUCAUUAAAGAUGUCAAACCGUGGCUGGAACGACACUUUCUAUUGCUGUAAGCUCUCUCCAGUCUUAAGUGCCUAACCAUGGACUGUUUCUGGACUGUUGACAUGAACGUUGUACUGUUACUGCUUUUUUCAAUUGUUAUUACUUUGCUGAGUAUAUUUAUGGCCGUGUUUGUUUUAUAGUAGUCAGUUGAAAAAUUGUACAGAAUAAGUAUAAUAGAGUGGCUGUAAAUAUAUGUUAAAAAAAGUAGCCAAUAAGAAAAAACAAAAGCUAACACUUUCUUGUUAUAUGGCGGCGGUUUAUUUUAUUAUUACAUGUACUCCUCAGGUAUUGCUCUUGAGUACUGUUGUCGAUGUAGAUGCAUGAGUGGUUUGUGGAAAGAUCUUUCAUCUCAAGGUUCUUCACUGAUUUAAGCCUCUCUCCCAUGCGCUUGUGACGGUCGGUGGCAGCUGCUUUGUGAAAAGUGCAUUGCGUCAAUCAAGUGUACUUUGUACUUAAGUGUGGAGUUUAGGUUGUGUGUAAAUUCUAGUGCAAGUCUGGACUGUGUAACUGCAUGCAAUAAAGUUUAUUGGAUGAAAAAAA